CCAGUUUCUUAUCAUUGUCCAUUUUUAUAAAAAAAACUUAUGCGGACCGUGGCGGCGGUCUAGCUAGCGCCGUGCACUAGCCACUAGCUGCUGGCGCCUAGCAGUGACUAAGUAGUGCUGUUAUGCAUACAUAAUAUUUUUUUUUAUGGCAGUAUUAAAUGAACAAUAAAAAAUAAUACCGUGGUUACCGUAACAUUGCGUUUUUUCACCGAUUAUUAUUGUUUUGAGUGUUUUGACAAACAGAUACUAUCGAUACCCCGAAAACGUCGGGAGUGAAACCGACGAUAAAGAACGACAUCCGACGUUAGGGGUGUCAUGCCAGAAGAAUUGCUACCCAGACGACUAUGGACGUCAUAUUAAACCGCGGUUGUUUCCGUCCAAAACGUUAAGAAGCCGCCCAUCUUUGUAGAUCGGUGGUUGUGGUGGUUGUCGGGGUGUGUCGGUGGAUCGCACAGACGAUGCAACACAGCAGCGGCGUGAUCGGCAAACCGGAUACGGUCAGACCAGCCAAGCACAAUGGAGGCAAUAUCGCUGGUAUGUAUGACUUGGAGCAGACGCUUGGAAAAGGUCACUUUGCCGUCGUCAAAAUGGCCAGGCAUGUGUUCACUGGUGAACAGGUAGCCGUCAAGGUGAUAGACAAGAACAAGCUAGAAGAAGUCUCUCGUAAUCAUCUGUACCAAGAGGUUCGAUGUAUGAAAUUAGUGCAACAUCCUAAUGUUGUGAGAUUAUAUGAAGUAAUUGAUACACACAGUAAAUUAUACCUGAUACUUGAGUUAGCUGAUGGUGGAGAUUUAUAUGAUUACAUUAUGCGACAUGAAGGUGGAUUGUCUGAACAAUUGGCUUGUGAAUAUUUCGCACAGAUUGUUCGAGCAAUAUCGUACUGUCACAAAUUACAUGUUGUCCAUAGAGAUUUGAAACCUGAAAAUGUAGUUUUUUUUGAAAAACAAGGGAUAGUUAAACUAACCGAUUUUGGUUUUAGCAAUACAUUUUGUCCUGGUCAAAAAUUAGAAACAUCAUGUGGUUCAUUGGCUUAUUCGGCUCCUGAAAUUUUGAUUGGGAAUUCAUAUAAUGCCACUGCUGUUGAUAUCUGGUCAUUGGGUGUAAUUUUGUACAUGUUGGUAUGCGGUGAAGCACCAUUUCAUUCAGCUAAUGACAGUGAAACAUUAACAAUGAUUAUGGACUGUAAAUACAAAGUAUCCAGUCACGUGUCUGAGGAGUGUAAAGCACUUAUUGGUCGUAUGCUUGUGAGAAAUCCUGAGAAACGAGCAACUCUUGAUGAGAUCGCUGCAGAUGUUUGGUUGAAAGACGUCAAAGUCAUAAAUAACGAUGAGAGUCCACUGGUUUCUAAACAAUUAAUUAAUGAAGACGAUCAUGCAUUAAUUAUACAAAAAAUGAUAACUGGAAAAAUUGCUACAAAAGAACAAAUUGUUGAGGCUUUAGAUAAGAAUGAGUAUAAUCAUAUUACGGCGACCUAUUAUUUACUUGCAGAAAGAAAAUUGAAGUCUGCAACACCCAAAAAAUCUCAAGCUAUUAAAAAUGAUUUGAAUGUUCCUCAGUUAAAAGUAGAUGAGAGUUCUAAUCCAAGUAAUGCUUCGGUGGUAGUCAAUGUAGCGCCUAAAUCUGCUAUAUUAGGAUCAUUGCAUUCUGACCGCCCUAAAAGAACUCGGAAGUGUAGUGUUGUAGUAGAAGAAGAAGACGAAAAAGAAGAUGAAGAAGAAGACGAUGACAGUAGUUCAUUAAAUCGAAGGGGCUCUCGGUCCGAAGGAAAAUUGAAUGUAAUAGCUUCUGAACUACGAACAAAACAACUUUCGAUCACUGAAGUUCACGAAACAAAUCCAACAUCUACUUCUGUUGUGUCUAACAAAAUCCCACCACCCUUUGUUUCUUUUCACAGUUCACCACAGUUACUUCUUGACGAUAAGCAAAACAGAACUGGCAACUAUAUAACAUAUGAACAAAGGAGAAGCAAAAUGCAUAAAAACCGUACAGCAUCUUGUAGCAGUUCUGAAACCAGCGAUGAUGAUACUGAUGGCCGUAAAAAGCGAGGCAGUAGUAGGUCACUGGCUUCGUUUAAGGGUAAUGAAAAGGAUCCUGAUAAUGAUGGAAUGGGAAAUGCUGGUGGCCAAGGCGCAGAGCCUUCACAAGAACACGAUACUGAUGUCCAAAAAAAUGAUGGGAAUGGUGGAAAUAAAACAGAAAGGCCAAGUGGUAGUGCUCCUGGUAGAAGACGAUGUAUAAGCGCGAAUGCUAGGAGUCGACGAGGUAGAUCAGCUGAAACUAGAUUAAGAGAGAGUCAAAGUUUAAAUCGGAUCACUGAAGCGCAAGAAUCUGAAGUAAAUACCCCAAGUUCUACUGCUAACUGCGAUAAUUUUGAAUUCACCAACAAAAACUGUCAGGUAUCUGUUGAUAAUACCACUGCUGAGAAAAACCCUGCAACUUUAUCAACUUUACCCCAAUAUAAAAAACACCAAACGUCCAAACGCAUCUCGUUGUUUAGUAAGUAUUUGAAUUUACAAAAAAAACUGUGUACACAAAUUCUAUUUAGCAAAAAGAAUACUGAUAACCGUUUAUAUAAGGCAAAGUCAUGUUCAGAAAUGGCUAACUCCAAAAUUGCAAUAAGAGAAGUGAGUGCAGACAGGUGUUAAUCCCUUUUUAUACACUGCACAACAAAAAUGUAUUAUUAUUUAAUUCAGGUGUAUUAUGUCAAACAAUAAUUUAAUUUAUUACCUUUUUUAUCAUUAAAUUCCUGCAAUAAUAUUAUUUCUAAUUUUAUAUGGCUCCUUUUGGUUACGUAUGAUGACGGUGAUUUUUAUUUCAUUUUGACUUUCAACACAAUAAUCCGUAAAAACUAAUGUACCUAGUACUGACUUAAUAUAUUUUCUAUUAUUAUAAUAAUUAUCAACUUGUUUUAGUUUAAAAAUGUUUUUUCUUUAAGAAAAUUAAAUUUGUUAAUUAUUUAACCAAAGUUAAUUUUUACACGUAUAUAUUUUUAUACAAGAGACUUGCUUAAACGUGCAGUACAAUUAAUAAGACGCACAUUGAACUAUUUGUUUUUUGUUUUUAAGUUUUUUAGUCAAUACCAAAUUGUUAUUAUUUUUGAAUGUGUAAUGUAUUGAUAUAUUGGUUAAAAAGAGAAACAAUAAGAUUUUACUAGAUAAUUAAUGAAA